GACAUAUUUCAUUCAGCCGGAAGUGACUCUCGAAUCUUUAUUUGUAGAGGACCGCUUGUCCCGUUAUUAUCACCAAUAAUUAUUUUGUUUUUUUCGAGGCAAAUUAAUCGUUCCGGCGAAAUAGGCAAAGCCCCGUGUGGCAUUGCCUGACAAUCUGUAGAAAUGUCACAAACAUGGUGUGAAAGGACGGAGUGAGGUUUCCAGUCGGUGGGCGAUUUUUUUUCUUCAUCAUUAGUAAUCACCGGGAGGAAUUUCUCUGUUUUAUCAAACGCAAGUAUGUCAGGAAAACACUUUAACGUGCACGAAGUGGGCUGUUGCAUCAAAUACUUCAUAUUUGGAUUUAAUAUUAUAUUUUGGCUGCUGGGAGUGGCAUUCCUGUCCGUGGCUCUGUGGGCCUGGAGUGAGAAGGGGGUCCUCUCCAACAUAUCCUCCAUCACAGAUCUGGGUGGGUUUGACCCAGUGUGGCUGUUUCUUGUGGUCGGAGGGGUGAUGUUCGUGCUCGGCUUCGCAGGAUGCAUCGGUGCUCUGAGGGAAAACUCCUUCCUUCUUAAGUUUUUUUCUGUUUUUCUGGGAAUCAUAUUUUUCCUGGAGUUGACAGCGGGAGUCUUGGCGUUUGUCUUUAAGGACUGGAUUAAAGACCAGCUCAAGUUCUUCAUCAACAACAAUAUUAGAGCGUACAGAGACGACAUUGACCUACAGAAUCUCAUUGAUUUCACGCAAGAUUAUUGGGAGUGUUGUGGAGCUUUUGGGCCUGAAGACUGGAAUCUGAAUAUUUACUUUAAUUGUACUGACACUAAUCUGAGCAGAGAAAAAUGUGGGGUUCCCUUUUCCUGCUGCACCAAGGACCCUGCUGAGGAUGUGAUCAACACACAGUGUGGAUAUGACAUUCGAGCGAAAGGUGAAAACGAACAGAAGAUGUUUAUACAUACAAAAGGAUGUGUGCCGCAGUUCGAGAAAUGGCUACAGGAGAAUCUAACCGUAGUUGCCGGAAUCUUCAUAGGAAUUGCACUUCUGCAGAUAUUCGGGAUCUGUCUGGCACAGAAUCUACUGAGCGACAUUGAGGCGGUCAGGGAGAGCUGUUUGUUUACCUGAAGCACUUGAGCCGUUCUGCAGACAGAGCCUCCAUCUCUCUGUCACUCAGCAACAGGGUUGGCACAUUGUCAUCACAGUAUCCUAGCAACUAGUGAGGGAUUCCAUUCACAUACCUCCUUUAUUACAAUGUACAGCGACAUCUUCACGUUUCCAUGAUAAUGGUGUCCAACGAUAGAUUUGUGUUUAAUCCUUCUUCAAAUAUCACACAACGAAAUCCAACAGUAUUAACAUGCUUAAUCUACAUACAACUAAUUUGUCUUCCUUAAGACUAUACAUAACAUAACAACAAACACUAAAGGCCACUUGCAUUCUGUCUGUGUUGUUUUUUAACUGUUGAUCUAUGUACAUAUGUCUCAGAUGAAUGAAAUGAAGAAAAUGAGUGGAAACCUGCAUUCGUUUCCAUUCCAGAUGAUUACAUCGCAGUUCAUCAGUUUGGCAGAUACAGGAAUGAUUAAGUCAUUGAAUUAUUUCCAUGUUUGUAGGCAAAUACAGAGAAGCUUUGAAUAUUUAUAGAUUAUUAGUUGGCCUAAACAAAUGAGCGCACCUUUUCCUGCAUUUUCUGCACUGUUUGUGCGGGAGGAAAUCUGCAUAAUUGUGCAGAAUGGAUAUUUAAAUAUGAUAAAAUGUGUUUGUCAGUGCUAAGAGUACUAUAGUUCUAUUGAUAGCUGAAAACAUGAUCAAAUUAGGCAAAAUAUUUAUUACUUGCGGGGGAUGUGUAAAAUUUUGUGAAUGACUAGCAUCCUGUGGAAAUCUGCUCAAGCCCAAAGCCCGCACUCUGCGACGGUCCGCGCGCUGUCCGUGUGACGCAAUUUUUGUCAUCAGUAGGGUCCGCGCAGAUGGUUGGCGUACAACAGCGCAUGUGCAAAUGACUUGAGCGCUUGAAAAAAUAGUGUGCACGCGCCAAACGCUUCUUUCCGCACUUACAGCCGUAUACCAGAGGCUCGACGGUGGUCUUUUAGCGCUCGGCGAAAGAAUAUACAUUGAAAGGUUCGGACGCUCAAUUGUGCGCGAGAUGGAGCAGAAUGUGGAAAAUUAAGUAUACCAGGGCGCGCGCAACGGAGCGGAACGCGGAAAUGAAGUAUACCCAGGCCUUCAGAUUUCUGUAAUUCUGCAGAGGCAGAUUCUGUGCAGAACCCAUUUUAGUAAGGCAGUUGUAGCUUGCAGAAUGUGCUAAAUGAUGAGUUACUGUCUACUUAACAUGAGUGUUUGACUCUCUUAAAUGUAUUAAAUUCAUUGAGAAUAUUUGUUUUUGUUCACAUUGUCAGAUUGUGUGUGUAUAUUACCUGUUUAAUGGAUUUUAUAAAAACAGUUGCUUUUGAAACUAAGGGAAAUUGCACUUGCAUGCUUACUGGAAUAACACUACAUUUUCCCAGUGCGUUCAGCUAUAUGAAGAUAUUUUUGUGAAUCGCUCUUUAUCUGUACUGGAUUUUGAAAUUAUAGCCACUGUGUAAGUAAAGGUGUCACUAGAAACAUUAGCACUGGAAUUUAAGACUUCAGACUGUCAGAUUCUGGGGAGGUUAGAACAAAACCUAGUAAACUGGGUAAUAUGGGUGAAUCUCACAAAUAUUUGCAAAUAACAUGUCCAGGUCACAUUUAACCCCCAGAAAAAUUAUAUUUUCUUUAAAGAAGAGUAAGCCUAUUCAUGUAACAUUAAGAUCUGUUGCAUUAUUUUCAUGACAAUUAAACACAUUUUCUCUUCUUAUUCUCAGUAUUGUAAUGAUAAAAACAAUUGUAUAUAUUUUUUUUUAAUUUAAUUUAAAGGUAAACUAUUUAACUUUUGGCCCUCUAGCGGUUAAAAAACAAAACUGCAUGCAUUGGCAUAGCAGUGGAAGAACGUUGUUUUGGUCAUGCUUCGGCUCUGCGUGACUGACUGGGCGGAUGAAUAUGAUCCUUCACCAUAGAUAAGCUUUACAAUGAACUUUGUUAGAGAGCUACAUAUGGCAAUUUAUUUGUUCAAUAAAAUACCUUACUCACCUGUUGAGUAAUAAAAACACCUUCUCAGCCAAGCCAAUGUUGAUUCAGACUCUCCUCUAUUCAGCGUGUUUUUUUUGUUUUGUUUUUUAAAUAUGUGUGAUUCCCCGGAGGUUUGAGAUUUAGCUGCUCCAUUUCAACCUUUUUGCGCGUUGUGACGACUAACCUAUGCCACUGCCACGACAUACACGCAUCAAAGUAGUCGGAACAACUUUUACACACAUGACGAGGGCGAGUGACGCAUGCGUACACAAUUUCCCGCGAAAACCAUCCCGACUGCUCUAAAAUAUAAACACUUAUAAUAGGCUUACCAUAGUGAAUCAGAGUAAGGCAAAAACACAUUUUGGAAGAAGGAUUGGUGAUGCAUUGACUCAUUAUUUAAAUUUUGAACCAAAAAAGGUACAUGGUGUACCUUUUAUUUGUAAAGUAUUUGUUACAAUCUCUGGAAUAAUUUUUGGAUAAAUAUUAAAUAAUUUUUAAUACAGUGAUAUUCGUGUUAAUGGUACACACAAACCUUGAUGGUACAAAAAAUAGGUUUCUUUUAUUAUUAUUAACAUUAAUAACACCAAGUUCAGGGGUUUAAUUUCCAGAUAAUUAAACUGAUAAAACAUAUACCUUCAAUUCAAUGCAAGUUGAUUUCAGAGGUGUAUGGAGUAGGCUACUUGAAAACCAUACUUGAGUAAAAGUACAGAGAUUUUACAGCGAAAAUGACUCUAUUACAAGUUAAAAGUCACUCAUUCCAACACGACUUGAGUAAAAGUCUAGCCUAAGCCAGGAUUAGGCCUUAGUUCAAUUAGGACAUUUAAAUAACUUUUAUAAACGUUCACUAGAAAAAAAACAUUACUGGUGUGCAUCUUGAGACAAAACAAUGGCACUGACAUGUUUUAAGAUCUGUCAGUACAAGUUACUUUCAGUUACAACAGCUCAAACAUGCAUUUUAGUCUAGGACUAACUUAAGCCUUGUCUGUGAAACCGGGGGUUUGAGUAUCUGAUUUUAACAGUGCUUAAGUAUUUUACUCAUACUGAAUGUAGGCUCAAAGAUGCACUAGUCCUCAACACCUAAGAGACAUGCAGUGAAAAAUAAGAAACCAUUGAUUUGUGAGGAGAGAAAUCACAUGUUUAUUAUCUAAAAUCAAAAUAAAACUGAACACCUCAAAAUUGCAAUAAAUAAAGACGCAACAAACUCUUAAACAUCUACAGACGCUAAAGUGCUCAAAAAAGUCAGUAAAGCAGUAAAUGGGGUGUAUUAUAAUUGGGACUUGUUAUGAGAUUCACCUGUAUAUACAGUAUGAUAAUGAAUCAUGAAAUAUUUCUGAACUCAGAAUAUCUGUGUCGGAAAGAUAAUGAGAAUGUUUUGCUUUGAUUGUGAAAGGAAUCUGCAGCAGCCUGUUAGAUAGUGGUUUUGUGACUUUUGUAAAAACAGGGUUUGUGAGAUCAUUUGAAACACAAGCUGAUUUGAUGAAUCCAUGUGGUUGUGAUAAUGCCUUUUCACUUUACACUUUCCUGAUGUGUGUAACCUUAAUAUAUCAUAAUAUGUUUGUUUUCAGUUGAUUAAAGUUUUGGACAGUCUUUGUGAAAGGUGGAGUCCAAAGAAUUGCAAAAGACUGCAUUUAAAAUGGCUUUCAGUGGUUUUGCAGUAUGUGCACAGUGAAACUGAAGAACAGGGAAGUUUUAGUAUUAAAAAUGUGCAGAUUUAAAAGAAUCCCUUCUUUUGUCUAGCACUUGUAAUUAAACCUGAAUUUUAAGCUUAAACUUUUGGUAGAUUGUUGACUGGUAGUGCCAUAAAAAUAUUAAAUAAAUGUUGGUGUAUUUUCUCAAAAUUUCUCAAAAACUAUUGUAUAGUAAUAACAAGAUAUGAUGUAAAAUGACAUUUUAUGAUAACUUGAAAAUUCACAGAAUCACAGUCAUCUUGUUAUAACCAGAAAGUGUAGUUUUUCUGAAUAACUGGAUCUCUUAAUAAUGGCAUACUUACAGGAAAAAAAAUGAAGAAAAAUAUAUUUGGUCAAAACUUUUUUUUUUUAAUUUCCUAAUUUCCUCAUGUUUCUGUGUCAUUUCUUAAUAUAAAUUUUACAUUAUCAUAUUUAACAAAUGUUAUAAACAAUUUACAUUGUUUUCCAAAAUGGUGGUAUUGGAAACAAUAAAUUUUAUAUGUUUUUGUAUGUGUGGUAAGCCUGUGUCUAUGUCUGUGACUCUUUUCUAGCCCUAUUAUUAAUAAAGUGUUAUAAAUUGUU